UUAAAGCAGGAAGUGAAUAGCUAGAGCAUUAGUUUAUUUUCCUCGUUGACAUGUGGCUUUAUAGACCGUAAAAUCCCCAAAUUACAGAUGGAGUUGAAUGCGUUUCUUACUCAGCGGCUAACAGCGGCCGCUGUGGAGAUAUCGGCUGUCUUUGAAAAAAAGAUUGUCGAGUACCGGGUAGAAAUCUCCCGCUCGAAGGAGGAGAACAAACGUCUACAGCGGCUGUUGGAUUUGGUUUUCCACCCGGAAAUCAAGUUACAUCGAGCAGACUCCCAGCAGCUCUCUCUUCCUGUCUCUGAAGAGGAGGUUCCCCCAGAGCAGCAGCACUGUGAGCAGGAGAGGAGCCCCAGUCAGGGGCAGGAGGACCCAGAGCCCACACAGAUUAAAGAGGAAGAGGAGGAACUCAGGACCAGUCAGAAGGAAGACCAGCCUCAAGGUCUGGAACCUGAUACCAAAGACCUCUUGAUUCCUGCCUGUGUGAAAAGUGACUAUGAACAGGACCCACCUCUGCCCUCACAUCUUGACCAAACCUUGGAGAACAGAGAGAGGGACUCUCUACCCACCAACACAACUGAACAGAUCAAAACAGAACCUGAUGGAGAAGAUUACAGCAUAUCAGAACCAACCAGGGACUCUCAGCUCCUCUCUGAAGCCCAGGUAGGAAACAUAGAAGAACGUGUUGAUGGGAUGGAGAGACCCAUUCCCCCUCCCUUCUCUCCAGACUCCCAGCAGCCCUCUCUCCCUGUCUCUAAAGAGGAGGUUCCCCCAGAGCAGCAGGAGAGAAGCCCCAGGCUGGGUCUGGAGGACCCAGAGCCCACAAAACAAGAGGAAGUCUGGAUGAAUCAGGAGGAACAGCAGCUGGAAUCCGACAGCAGAGUAUCAGAACCAAUCAGUGACUCUCAGCUCCUCUCUGCAGUAAAUCCAGACUGUUCUGCAGCUCAGAGUGAAAACGGUAAAGUUCAUCAGAGUCCCAGCACUUCUUCAGAACAAGAUUCUAGUAACGUGGAAUCAAAUGAAGCAUCUAGUUUCUCCAUCUGGACUGAGGAAAACAUCUCUGUAACAGACAGCAACUCUUCAGACAGUAGCUCCUGCACUAAAGAAGACUCUGAGGCACGUAAACCAGUGAAGAGAACAUGCCAUUCUAGUGGUGUGGUGAACGAACCAUCUGAUUUGUCCAACUUAUGUGAUGAAAACAACCCGGGGACUGAGAUCAGCCCUUCAGACGGCAACAAAGACAAGAACAUCCAAACAGACUCUGGGGCUCAUUAUCCAGCUAAGAGGAUCUGUCAGAGGGUGCAUGAUGUUGCCGUAGCAAGACGUGGGAGUGGAGAGAUGGCCUCCUGUUCCCGUCCCAAAGUGCCAGGAUCCACUCCAUGUUACACCCACUGCUUGCACUGUCAAGGUCUGUACAUUCAAAAGUCACUACGGAAGCAUGUCAGAUACUGCCCUCUGAACCCCAAAGCUGAAGAACCAAAACCUGGACCGAAGAUGAGGAUUCAGUCAGCAAUGGCGUUUAAGAUGUGUCCUCAACCCGACUACGUCAGCACAGGUCUUUGGAAGAUCGUUUGUGGUAUGAACUCCGGCCGAGUUUCAUUUGUGGUUAGAAAUGACAAAUGUAUCCUCCUCAUGGGAGAGGAGCUGUACAACAAACUACAGCCAGAUGACAGAAGAAACAGAUACAUUCAACAAAGAAUGAGAGAGGUGGCAAGACUCCUCAUCACGGCCAGGACGUGUACACCUCUGAUGUGCUUUGAGGACUUGGUCAUACCUAGUAAUUUACCUCACGUCAUCACGGCAGUGAGAGCUGUUGCUGGCUACAACGAGGAGAACAAAACGUACGACCGUCCCACGCUGGCUGUUCAAAUGGGAUACAACUUAAUGAACAUUGGCAGCGCUGUGGAAUCCUGUGCAUUGACGUCAGGACGACACAAAGUCGCGGAGUCUGCUGGCAAAUUCAAAAGUUUCAAGUGGAAUGAGGUUGUUUUGGCUGGAGCACUGUCCACUCUCAGUGAACCCCAAAAUAAAUGCGCCCAGCCGGCCCGUCGCACAGGCGCCCAGCCGGCCCGUCUCCCAGCGGAGCCGGCGCCUAGCAAACCCGUCGCACAGGCGCCCAGCCGACCCGUCACACAGGCGCCCAGCCGGCCCGUCUCCCAGCUGAGCCGGCGCCCGGCGCACAGGCUCCCAGCCGGCCCGUCUCCCAGCUGAGCCGGCGCCCGGCGCACAGGCUCCCAGCCAACCCAAAGAAACACUGUGAGAUUAAAGAGGAUCGUUGAUGAGGGAGCAGCAGUAGAGAAACACAUAAUGCCGUUCAUAAAGAGUGGCUAAGUUCCUGAAAAGAGGGACUGCCUCAAAUGCCUCCAGUCAGAACCUGUGGCGCUCAAAAGCAGAAACUGGUUGGGCAUUAAGUUCUAUGUGAAUAGAGUCAAACGGAGACAGAGUACUGUAGCAAACUUGGGAGACCGCGGCCCUGACGGGGACUUCAAAUCCGGUCCAGAGACUGUCAACGCAACACCUUAGCCAUUGCGUUUCCCAGUCAGACUUCGAACCAGCCAGGGAUUUGAACCAGCAACUUUGUGUGUGGUGGGGGGUUACAGGUACCAAUAUUUAAAUUCAUAUUCUGUUCGUAUAUUUUAUAUUCAUUAGUUCACACAUUGUACCUGUGGGUUGCCACUAAAAACAUUGAAGAAGAAAUGAACUUCGCCACUUCCUGGUUGGUAAAAUUCUAAUGGUAAACCUCAUUUCAGUUUGUCACAAAACAAGCUCAAUAGUGUAGACUACAGGAUCAUUGUACCAUCUAAACCGCUGUGAAAUAUAUUUUCCAUAAACAAAAAGAUUGUAUUUUCGUCUGUUUUGAAGCUGGUGUACAAAACUUGAAAUUAAAAGAUGCAAAAACAAAACAUAAGAACGGGAAGCACAUAGAACAGAUCUACCGGCUUCCUAGACUUGCUUUCAAUCAGUGACAGAUCUAUAACUGUAAGUAGAGAUGGAGUCCUCCAUCGGGAUCUUGAGAGGCAGUAGGGCUUAUUUGUUUUUGUCAUUUGAAAUUAAACUGAAUUUUAUCUAUGAUCUUCAAUGCAUUUUUAUUUUAUUUUUUUAUUUUACCUUUAUUUAACCAGGCAAGUCAGUUAAGAACAAAUUCUUAUUUUACAAUGACUGCCUGGGAACAGUGGGUUAACUACCUGUUCAGGGGCAGAACGACAGAUUUGUACCUUGUCAGCUCGGGGGUUUGAACUUGCAACCUUCCCGUUACUAGUCCAACGCUCUAACCACUAGGCUACGCUGCCGCCCCGCAUUUGGGAGCAAUGGAGAUGCAUUGUCUAGAUAUAGUACAAUAUCGUCUGCGUAUUGGUGUUAUUUUCUUUGAUGAAUGGCCUGGGGGGGGUUGCCAUGGAUAAUAAAAUAACAAAGGAGAAACUGAU